AUGUCUUUGAGGCAUCUGAGAAUCCAUACGGGUGAGAAACCGCAUGUCUGUGAACAUUGCUCAAAAGCCUUUUUGCACGCUUCAGAUUUAAAGAAACAUCUGAGAAUCCACACUGGAGAGAAACCGUAUUCCUGCAAACAUUGCUCAAAAACAUUUAGGAACACUUCAGAUUUAAAGAAACAUCUGAGAUUACAUACUGGAGAGAAACCGUACUCCUGUGAGCAUUGCUCAAAAGCAUUUUGCACCUCUUCAGAAUUAACGAGGCAUCUGAGAGUACAUACAGGCGAGAAAUCACAUUCUUGUAAAGAGUGUUUAAAGACAUUUUCCAAUCUUUCAGAUUUAAAGAAACAUCUCAGAGUCCAUACUGGCGAGAAACCGUAUUCCUGUGAAUUCUGUUCAAAACCAUUUUCCAUUGCUUCUCAGUUAGUGAAACAUCUGAGGAUCCAUAUUGGGGACAAAACACAUUCGUGUGAACAUUGCUCAAAAGCAUUUUUCAACGCUUCAGGUUUAAGGAAGCACCUUAGAGUACAUACUGGAGAGAAACCAUAUUCCUGUAAGCAUUGCUCAAAGGCAUUUUCUGACAUUUCAGUUUUAAACAAGCAUCUAAGAAUCCACGCAGGUGAGAAACCGUAUUCCUGUGACCAGUGUUCGAUGGCAUUUUCCAGCUCUUCAAAUUUAAAGAGACAUCUUAGAACCCAUACUGGAGAUAAACCGUAUUCCUGCGAACAUUGUUCAAAGGCAUUUUCGAACGCUUCCGAUUUAAAGAAACAUCUGAGAGUACAUACUGGAGAAAAGCCGUAUUCUUGUGAACAUUGUACAAAGACAUUUUCCAACUCUUCACAUUUAAUGAGACAUCUGAGAUUCCAUAUUGGAGAGAAACCGUUUUCUUGUGAACAUUGCUCCAAAGCUUUUUUUAGCGCUUCAGAUUUAAAGAAACAUCUCAGAAUUCAUACUGGCGAAAAACCGUAUAUCUGUGAACAUUGCUCAAAGGCAUUUUCUGACUCUUCACAUUUAAAGAAACAUCUUAGAAUCCACACUGGCGAGCAGCCAUAUAGAUGUGAAACUUGUUCAAAGUCAUUUUCUUACCUUCGUAGCUUAAAAGCGCAUCUGCGAGCCCAUAGAGGAGAAAAUCCGUGCUCAACGCUUCUUAUUUAAAGACGCAUCUAAGAACCCAUUCGCGUGUGAACAUUGCUGAAAGAAUUUUUCCAACGCUUCAGAUGUUCAAGAUUAACUUGAGAUACCAUACUGGCGAAAGGCCAUAUUUCUGUGAAGUUCGUUGCAAGGACUUAUGUUAUGUGCCUGCACGGCCCGACUGACUAAAAGUGAGGCCCUAGGCCCACUGUAAUUUCGAGGCCCCUUGAAGACUGAUUUUUGGGGGCCUUUUGUCUAUUACAGAAUUAUGUAAAUCAUUCAUCAUGUGCAUUCAUGUCCUUCUAGGCAUCUCAUAAUUGUGACAUGUUAAACUUGGUACUAGUAGAAGUAAUAAAAAAUUAUCCUAUAAACAAGUUCAUUUCCAACUAAAAAGUUGUUGGUUUUUAAUUAUUAAUUCAAAAAUGUACGUAUUUUUUGACUAUUUGUUGUAAUGCUAAGCAAAAUUCUUUAAGUAAUUUGGGGCCCCUUAGGAAGAUGUGGACCCAGGCCUAGGCCUAGUUGGCCUGCGCGGUAAUCAGGCUCUGGGUGCCUGAAACAGCACUCGAAAACCCGAAUUUGCGAAAAGCCAUUUUCUUGUCAAAUUUUUGUAUGUAAUUUUCUCGACUAGGAAUCC